AUGGAUGGCAGAAUGUGGACAAACAGGAACAUGCAGACAAAUAUACUUAUUCUAUCCAUUUGUGUAUUUUGCAUUCCAGUUCUUUCGGCAUUGCUAUUCUUUUCUGCCCUGCGAAGCUGCUACACAGAUAAUCCUAGUCCGCUGGAAAAGUGCUUCCAGGAUGCUGAGUAUGAGAAUUAUCUAGAGAUAGCCAAGAACGGGCUGGGCAAUGCAUCGCACCCAAGACAUGUGCUGAUCGUAGGAGCAGGCAUAGCAGGCCUCAGCGCAGCCUACACUCUCACAGAAGCUGGACACCAGGUAAGGGGUCCUUUAGUCUUCACAGAUGUUGCAACUGGUCCUCUGCUUCCGAGGUUGCCCCCUAGGGACCUGCGUAUUGAUUUGUUUGCACAAAGUCUGCAGGGAGGUUAAACCACUGUGGCUCUUUGCUGAGUAUUCGUUUUUUACUUUGCGGGGAGGUUAGGUGUUACAUCAAAGGAAGUGUUAUUCCACACCUCACCUUUUCUUCUCACACAGAGUCCAGUUGGGGAGGUGGGGGGGUUAAGGUUUGGUAUUUGAGGGCACCAAAUCAAUUUUAAUCAUGCAACUUGACGUCGCAAUCUGAGUUUGGUGGUAUGUGAUGGAGUCCCACCCAAAAAUACCAUGAAUCUUUUUGGCUGCAGCAGAUCUCACAAGGGCAGCCAUUUAACAUGGCACAGACCUCAUCUGGUAGUUGGGGAAAUUAGGCCGGAAAACGUGUGGAGGCGUAAGGAGCUGUUGUAGUUGUGUGCUGCCAACCACAGCAGAGCUCAGUAGAAGGAGAAGCCAGCCAACCAGUCGAGUCUCAGGGGGGUACUUGCCUGGAGGCAGAGGCUGUAUGCAAGGUUCAGGCCAGUCAGGAGUAUCUCAGUUCACGUAGUCAAAUGAUCUGGGGGUCAAGAAAGCAGAAGGUCCAAGGUCACGAGAAGCAAAAAGCAGCAAGGUCUGACCAGGAACGACAAAUGUUGUUUCCAGCAACUGACUGAGGCUGAAAACCCUGCUUAAGAAAGCUGGAGCCAUCUGGUUCUCCUCAGGAGCAAGAAGGCUGAUCAGCAGCAGGUGGAGUCACUCUGCCUUCUGCUCCUUCAGGCUGCUGCUCAGCAGGUGACGCCGACUCCUGGCCCAUGCUGGGUAAGUCUCUCAACUGCCCUCUAGAAUUGUGAUGUGGACCAUGGAAAUUGAGGCAGGCUAUUGUAGCGUGGGUGGCGCUUUGGGUUAAACCACAGAGCCUAGGACUUGCCGAUCAGAAGGUCGGCGGUUCGAAUCCCCGCGACGGGGUGAGCUCCCGUUGCUCGGUCCCUGCUCCUGCCAACCUAGCAGUUCAAAAGCACGUCAAAGUGCAAGUAGAUAAAUAGGUACCGCUCCGGCGGGAAGGUAAAUGGCAUUUCCAUGUGCUGCUCUGGUUCACCAGAAGCAGCUUAGUCAUACUGGCCACAUGACCCCGAAGCUGUACGCCGGCUCCCUCGGCCAAUAAAGCGAGAUGAGCGCCGCAACCCCAGAGUCGGCUAUGACUGGACCCAAUGGUCAGGGGUCCCUUUACCUAGUGUAGCAUGAAGCAGUAGCUGGAUUGAUACAGCAGUUGCUGUCCUGUUUGCCUUCAGGUGACAGUUCUUGAAGCCAGUGACCGCGUGGGGGGACGAGUGGAGACGUAUCGAAACGAGCAAGAAGGCUGGUAUGCAGAUCUGGGGCCCAUGCGUUUGCCUCAGGUACACAGGUGAGACGGGAGGUUACCACAUGCCUUUCACUUCAUCUGCUGAGCACGCAUAAAUCCCGCCUUGCUCAUCCGUGACGGCUCUUUCUACGGACAUGUGUCCUGGUGCGCUUGGCGGUGUGGGAGACAAAAGAGCUGUUGGCCUGUUGCAUCAGGAAGGAAGUGUAUAUGGAAUUGAAGACAAUGUAUGACUUCUUGGAUGUGGCCCACUAGUUGGAGAAAAUCUUGGCUGCGAGGCCUACGGCAGUUUGUUUUCUGUGAACGGGACAGAGCUGAUGGGAGGAGGAGGAGGCAGGACCUCUUCUGGGAACACUCAUUAUUCCUCCCUUCCCCAGGGUGGCAAACAUAGCUCACCUCCCUUUUGCCCCACGAUGCACCUGUGAAGAAGAUAAAGUUGAGAGAUAGUGACUAUUUGUAAGCGCUGGGCAAUAGGAAGCUGCCCAGAGUGGCUGGGGCAACCCAGUCAGAUGGGUGUGGUACUAUAAUAAUAAUAAUAAUAAUAAUAAUAGUAAUAAUUACUACUACUACUACUACUACAACAACAACUAGGUGUUUAGGAAGUGCUCUGCACAGGGCUUACCAAACCUUUUUGCUAUCUCUCCCCACCCCCAGUCUGUUUAUAUAUUCAUUAUACAGUGGUACCUCGGGUUACAUACGCUUCAUGUUUACAUACGCUUCAGGUUACAGACUCUGCUAACCCAGAAAUAGUGCUUCAGGUUAAGAACUUUGCUUCAGGAUGAGAACAAAAAUCAUGCUCCGGUGGUGUGGCGGCAGCAGGAGACCCCAUUAGCUAAAGUGGUGCUUCAGGUUAAAAACAGUUUCAGGUUAAGAACAGACCUCUGGAAUGAAUUAAGUACUUAACCCGAGGUACCACUGUAUGCAGGGGGACACAUAGCCCUAAACAUUUUGUGAAUCAAAGUUUGGCCUCAUUGAGGGGCAGUAUUUCAAUACAAGUAGGAAAAUGAAAGUACCCCUAAACACUUUUUUUAGAAAAAAAGCACUGAUUAUAUAUAUAUAUGGUGGCAGGUGGAUGAUUAAUAUUCUGCAGCCUUUGAAAUGUGCUUGUGUGCUCCUGUUUUGACUAAUUAUAUGUGCUUUUAUCUUGUGAACUCUCCUGAGAUGAAGAGCGGUACAGUCAAAACAAAUCGGCUCCCAAAAGAUUGAAACCUGGAAGUGAGUGUUCCGGUUUUCAAACGAUUUUCGGAAGCCUAACGUCUGGCUCGGCUUCCGACUGGCUGCAGGAGCUUCUUGCAGCCAAUCAGAAGCCGCACUUUGGUUUCUGAACGUUUUGAAGUCAAACGGACUUCCGGAAUGGAUUCUGUUUGACUUCCAAGGUACGACUGUAUAUUAACCUAGUAAAUAAUAACAACAUAAUAAUCACCGCUGCGUCUGACCAUGGAAGCACAGCAUAUCCAUCACGUUGUUGUUGUUGUUUAGUCGUGUCUGACUCUUCGUGACCCCCUGGACCAGAGCACGCCAGGCACUUCUGUCUUCCACUGCCUCCUGUAGUUUGGUCAAACUCAUGCUGGUAGCUUUGAGAACACUGUCCAACCAUCUCGUCCUCUGUCGUCCUCUGUCGUCCCCUUCUCCUUGUGCCCUCCAUCUUUCCCAACGUCAGGUUCUUUUCCAGGGAGUCUUCUCUUCUCAUGAGGUGGCCAAAGUAUUGGAGCCUCAGCUUCAGGAUCUGUCCUUCCAGUGAGCACUCAGGGCUGAUUUCCUUCAGAAUGGAGAGGUUUGAUUUUCUUGUAGUCCGUGGGACUCUCAAGAGUCUUCUCCAGCACCAUAAUUCAAAAGCAUCAAUUCUUCGGCAAUCCAUCAUAGCCAGUAGCAAUUGCUAGCCUUGUCCUCCAUGUGUUGAUCUAACCCUCUUUUAAAGGCCUCCAAGUUGGUGGGCAACACUGCCUCUUGGAAGAGCAAAUUCCACUCUUUUGACUAUGCACUGUCCCCUUCUCAUGCCUCAGGAUCGUCCGCGAAUAUGUCAGAAAGUUUGGCCUGAGUCUGACGGAAUUCUUUCCAGAGGAUGAGAAUGCCUGGUAUUUGAUUGACAACAUCAGGAAGCGAGUCGGGGAGGUCAAGAGGAACCCCAGCCUCUUGAAUUACACUGUGGAUCCCUCGGAAGAAGGCAAAACCGCUGGUCAGCUGUAUGAGGAAUCCCUCCAUCGGGUUGGGAUACUUUUGGUGCUUCUUUUAAUUGGGAAAACCUUCUGUGUCCUGUUCCAAAUAUUAAGACCGUAGAAGUGGAAAGAACCAAAAGCAAGUCUAGCCGACACACCCUCCUAAAAUAAAUUGUAGAUCCUCUAUGAGGGAAGGUUACUAUAUUGGGGGAUUUAUUUAUUUUUACUAAGUGGAGGCAUGAGAAUAUUUAAGAUUAUGUGAUGCUAAAUAUUAUGCAUGGUAUACAGAAAGUGGGUGGGGUUUUUUCUCCCUUUUUCAUAACACUAGAAGUUGGGGACAUCCAGUUAAGCUGAAGCUUAGAGGAUUUGGGACGGACAAAAGAAAGCACCUCCUCAGGCAGCAUAUCACAUUGUAGUAAUCAUCAUCAUCAUCAUCAUCAUCAUCUAUUACUUAUACCCUGCCCAUCUGGUCGGGCCUCCCCAGCCACUCUGGGCGGCUCCCAACAGAAUAUUAAAAACAUGAUAAAACAUCAGCUAUUAAAAACUUCCCUGAACGGGGCUGCCUUCAGAUGUCUUCUAAAAGUCAGAUAGUUGUUGAUUUCCUUGACAUCUGGUGGGAGGGCGUUCCACAGGGUGGGUGCCACUACUGAGAAGGCCCUCUGCCUGGUUCCCUGUAACUUGGCUUCUCGAAGUGAGGGAACCGCCAGAAGGCCCUCGGAGCUGGACCUCAGUGUCCGGGCUGAACGAUGGGGGUGGAGACGCUCCUUCAGGUAUACUGGGCCGAGGCCAUUUGGGGGCUUUAAAGAUCAGCACCAACACUUAGAAUUGUGCUCGGAAACGUACUGGGAGCCAAUGUAGGUAAACUAUGAAAUGCAUUCUGACUUUUUCUUUAUGGUCAUACCAGGUUGAAGAAGAGGUGAAGAGGACAAACUGUAGCUACGUGCUGGGUAAAUAUGACACCUUCUCAACCAAGGUAAAAAAGAAUGAUCCCCCCCUUUUCUUUUCUUUUCUUUUCUUUUCUUUUCUUUUCGUUCUUUGGAUGUUACCAUGGCCUUUGGCUAGCGCAAUAAAACCCAAUAAGUUAACAAAACUAGCUAAAGCAAUGCCCCAAACUUGCAAAGUGUUUUUACUGAAACUUCAUUGGUGCACUUCUGUUAUAUUAUUAGAAUAUUACACAAGCCUAUAGUAGUUACCCAGCUUCCUAGGUAUCCCACCUAGAUAUCCUGGGGAGCGGGGGCACAUGAAGAAGGGCCUCAGGGGAUCAUUGCAGGGUCCAGGUUGGUUCAUAUGGGGAGAGGCAGCCCUUGACCCUUUGCAGUCCUGAGCCGUUUAAGGUUUUAUAGGUCAGAACCAGCACUUUGAAGUGGACCCAGAAACUCAUGGGCAGCCAGUGCAGUCAGAUAAAGGAUAAAGUACACUAUGCUCUAACCGUCUCGCCCUGGUGAGCAACCUGGCUGUCAAAUUUUGCACCAGCAAAAUUUUCCAAACUGUCUUCAGAGGCAGCCCCAUGCACAACUUGUUGCAGUAAUCUAACCUUGAGGUUACCAGAGUAUAGAUAGCAGAAGUUAGUCUAUCCCUGUCCUGAUUAGGGGAGCAGCAGGGCCACCAGCCAGAAAUGAUGGAAGGCACUGCAUGCUGCCGAGGCCACCUGAGCCUCAAGCAGGGCCGGAUUUAGGUUUGAUGAGGCCCUAAGCUCCUGAAGGUAAUGGGGCCCUUUAUAGGUCCAGCUGUCCUUUGUCAACAACAAAUUGUCUCUGUUUUUUGUGUUGAAUAUAUGCUAUAUGGUAAUUUAUGGACCUAGUAGGUAUCUAAAGCCAUUUGCACAUAACAAAAUAUGUAUUUUAUCAAAGUAACUGUUGAACUGAAAUACAAUUGAGAAGUAUAUUAAUAGUGAAAUACAAUUAAGAAGAAGUACGGUAUAUUAAUAGUGAAAUAAUUAUUAAGCUCUAACUUAAAGUGAUUUUUUAUUCAUAACAAACUUAAUAAUGCAAGCACAUUGGCAUUUGGCAAUAACAACAGUUUUAUUUUAUUUGUUUUUUAUCUUGUAGUUUGGAAAUGUACAUCCAGGGUUUUUUUCCCCUUUAAAUUUUUUGGGGGUACCCAAGAGAGUGGGGCCAUAAGUUAUAGCUUGUUUAGCUUAUAUGUAAACUGGCCUCAAGCGACAGCAAAGGAUCCAGAAGAACUCCCAAGCUACAUACCCACUCCUUCCAAAGAAGUAUAAUCCCAUCAAGAGCAGGCCACCUCCCUCCCAUCCAUCCAGUCCAGGGAAUCACCCACUACUAGUGCCUUAGUCCUAUCUGGACUGAGCUUCAGUGUAUUGGCUCUCAUCCAGUUCCAUGACAGAGGCAAAACAAUAGUCCAGCAUAUCCACUGCCUCACCUACAUAUGUAAAAGAGAAGCAGAAGGGUGGAUGAGCCCAAACAGAAGGGUGGAUGAGCCCUAAGGCAGGCACAGGCAAACUCGCCCCUCCAGAUGUUUUGAGACUACAAUUCCCAUCAUCCCUGACCACUGGGCCUGUUAGCUAGGGAUGGUGGGAGUUGUAGUCCCAAAACAUCUGGAGGGGCGAGUUUGCCUAUGCCUGACCUAAGACUAUACAGAUAUGUUUACUCACCUGGGACUGAGAACAAGCCUCACCGAACUCAGUGAGAUAGACAUAUAGAGGACUGCACUGUAACUUUUUGCAGAAUCCAAUUCCUUGCUUUCCAGAAUAAGCAAAUCCUGAAGCCUGAGAACCUCAGGAUGUCUCGUGUACUAGAUUCCAAAUUCAGUUGUUGCUUGGUGGUGUGUUUGCUUAAGCAUCUUUGUUGAGUGCUAUCCUUAAAGGUGGUUAUUCCCCACCCCUCCCACAACAGCAAUAUUUAAUCAAAGUAGCAAAGCUGAGUCGUGGAGCUGUCGAAAUGAUUGGGGACUUGCUCAAUGAAGAUGCUGGCUAUUACCAGUCGUUCAUUGAAAGUAUGAGAGGUGAAAUGAUCUUCUCUUCUGGAAAGAGGUAAGCAGAAAUACGCAUUGCAAGGAAAUAGGGAGGAUUUAUUCUUGCUGAAGUAAAUAAUCUGCUCUUCUUCAGAUGAGAUUGCAUUUUGGUUCAUUUCCAAAACUAGGACUGUAGGAACAUCUUGGGACCACAAUACCUUAGGAAUGCCUCUCCCCAUACGAACUGACCUGGACCCUGAGCUUGUAAUCCGACACCUUUAUGUCCCCCGUCCCCCCAAGAGGUUUGGAGGAUGGCAACACAAGAACAGGCCUUUUCGGUGGUGGCUCCCCGUCUGUGGAAUGCUCUCCCCAGAGAGGCUUGCCUGGUGCCAUUAUCAUGGGUGUAGCUAAGGGGGGGCAGCACCCCACCAAUAAAUAAAAAUCUAUAAAAAUGGAUAGCAAGCUGGGGUUCUGCCUCCCCACGCCAACAAAAGCCCUGCCCCACCCCCAACAAAAAUCUUGGCUAUACCUGUGGCCAUUAUUACAUAUCUUUAGGCACCAAACAAAAACAUUCCUCUUUAUUCAGGCCUUUAGCCAUUAAAUAAUCGAUGAUUUGUUAAAGGGGUGGGUGGGUGGACUGUUAUUAUGAUUAUUUUAUUAUGCAGUCCAGUAUUAUGCUCUGCAUUUUAUUAUUUUGUUCUUAAUGUUGUAAAUGUUGUUCUUAAUGUUGUACACCGCCCCGGGAUCUUUGAAUAAUGGUUGGUACCUCGGGUUAAGUACUUAAUUCGUUCCAAAGGUCCGUUCUUAACCCAAAACUGUUCUUAACCUGAAGCACCACUUUAGCUAAUGGGGCCUCCUGCUGCCGUUGUGCUGCCAGAGCACGAUUUCCGUUCUCAUCCUGAAGCAAAGUUCUUAACCCGAGGUACUAUUUCUGGGUUAACGGAGUCUGUAACCUGAAGCGUAUGUAUCCCGAGAUACCACUGUAAAUCAAAUUGAUGAUAGAUAAAUAAACAAAUAACAUAUGCUCCCUCUCCCUACAACAAAGUCAACAUAAAGAUGUAAGAGUCCAGCUGGCUCUUGCGAAAGUUCCAUCUAGACCAGAUGCCUAUGGGAAGCCUGCAAGCCAGACCUAAGCUCAAUAGCCACUCUCCCCACUUGUGAUACCCAGCAUGCAUAGAAUCAUAGAUUGCAGAGUUGGAAGGGACCCUGAGGAACAUCUAGUCCAACCCCCUGCAAUGCAGAAACAUGCCACUGUCCCAUGCGGGGAUCAAACCUGUAACCUUGGCGUUUUCAGCACCACAUUCUAACCAAGUGAGCUAUCCCCUUGGAUAAUAUAUCCACAAUAACUAAAAGCCGUUGAUUAUCUUCCGUGAACUUGUCUAAUCCUCUUUCAAAGUUGGUGGCCAUCUCCACACCUUGUCGGCGCGAAUUCCAGAGUGUUAACUAUGUUCUGGGUUCAGAAAUGCUUCCGUUUGUGUGUGCUGAACUGAGCAGCAACUGAGCAACACACGACAGUAGGCUCUUCCAUCUUCUAUCCAUUCAUCUGCAUUUGUUUGUGUGGUUUUUUUUGCAGGUUUGAUCAAAUCACAGGAGGCUUUGAUCAGCUGCCAAUUGCCAUUUACAGAAGCAUUUCAGAAAGGGUGCAUUUCGGUACUAGGGUGGUCAGGAUGGAGCAGGCAGGCGAGAGCGUAACCGCGGUUUAUCAAACCGCCAACAAAGCACUGUUCAGCGUGACGGCCGAUUACGCCGUGGUCACCUCCACCGCCAAGGCCACGAGGCGCAUCCAUUUUGAGCCGCCCCUGUCGCGUGACAAAAGCCAUGCCUUGCGGUCCAUCCACUACAGGAGCGUCACUAAAGUCUUCCUCGCUUGCGCCGAGAAGUUCUGGGAAGCUGAUGGGAUCCGCGGCGGGAAGUCCACAACUGAUCGCCCGGCCCGAUUCGUCUACUACCUCACUCAAAACUUUUCCAGCAGCAUUGGGGUUGUCUUGGCUAGCUACGUCCACAGUGACGACUCCCGUUUCUUUCAGGCCCUCAGCCAUGAUGACAUCAUUAGCAUCGCCCUGGAUGACCUGUCUGCCAUCCACCAGCUGCCCAAGGGGUACAUGCAGUCUGUGUGCCAGUCAUCCGUAAUAAAGAGAUGGAGCUUGGAUAAAUAUUCCAUGGCUGGCUUUGCUGCCUUCACCCCCUACCAGUUUGUUGAUUACAGCGAACCUCUCGAGGAGCCAGAAGGCAGGAUCCAUUUUGCUGGGGAACACACUACCAAACUCCACGGCUGGCUGGACUCCGCAAUCAUGUCAGGGCUGAGGGCAGCAAGAGAAAUCAACUUCGCAGCUGGGAAGUGGUCGCCCAGGAACCAGCCAAAUAACAAAGAGGAACUUUAAACAGGCACUCUGCAAAAGGAGAAAAGAUCAUUUGAAGGAAUACAGUGGUACCUCGGGUUACAUACGCUUCAGGUUACAUACGCUUCAGGUUACACACUCUGCUAACCCAGAAAUAGUGCUUCAGGUUAAGAACUUUGCUUCAGGAUAAGAACAAAAAAUCAGGCUCCGGCGGCACGGCGGCAGCAGGAGGCCCCAUUAGCUAAAGUGGUGCUUCAGGUUAAGAAUAGUUUCAGGUUAAGAACGGACCUCCGGGACGAAUUCAGUACUUGACCCGAGGUACCACUGUAUCUUGACAUACGGGAGUUUUGAAUCGGGACAAGUCAAAAUAUUGCAAUGAGUUUGGGGAGAAAGAAGUAGGCUGGAUGCAAGAUCCUUCUAACUGCUGGAUCCAGGAAGUGUUAAAAUAUAAGCCAGGGUAAUGGGUCAUUAGGAGAACAAGGGGGGCUCUGAGCAAGACAGAAAAUGUGUAGAAGAACAACAACAACCAAAGCCAGAGUUUUUCAAGUGAUGUGACCUAGAAGUAAGCUGGAGAGUCGGAGCAAGGCUUGAAAGCAAGGUUUGAUUUCUGUUUGAAUCCAAGGCUACGGCUAUGAAAGAAACAAGGCCCUCUUAGGGUGUCAAUGUUGUGAGCCCCUCUGUAGUAUAGAUCUGCAAAUAAACCAUAGAUGAUGAAGACACCACUGUCUCUGCUGUGCCUCAUUCCAAAAGGAAACACAAACCCUGGGUAAGCGCCUCAAACUCCUGUAAUCUGUGGGUUCUUGGGGUGGUGUGCAACAAAAUCUAACAGCAUUUCUAGAUGGCAGACAAAAAUGCAAAAGAAAAUUAAAAAUCAUGACCCAAUGCCAGUAGUACCAUGUUGUUGUUUUCCAUUCUGUACCCUAUAUCUUUUCCUUCCUUUCCCGAUUAUACUGUGAAGGGGAAACCUGAUGGACAGCAAGGCUGGAAUUUAUAAUACAGGGAUGCAGAGUGGGGAAAUUUACAUUUCUCCACAUAGAAGGAAUUGAAAUGGGAGGAAUAUGGAAUUUUGAAAAGAUUUGUUCAUUUAUUUUGCCAGCACCAUCU